UGGCGCUGCCGCUCCUUCCGCUUUCCCGGCAGGCCGCGCGCGGCGCCUGCGUACUGGGUGACCUUUUAGGGUGUCUUCACGGGCUGCUGCGGUCCGAGCCCUUGGGUCUGCCGAGAUGCUUCAAACCAUUAUUAGAAAAUACUGGAUCCCCUUGAAGCCCUACUAUACCCAGGUUUACCAAGAGAUUUGGAUAGGAAUGGGAUUGAUGAGCUUCAUUGUUUAUAAAAUCAGGAGUGCUGAUAAAAGAAGUAAAGCUUUGAAAGGUUCAAGUCCUGCACCUGCUCAUGGUCAUCAUUAGCCAGCUUGCUUGAGUAGAGAAUCGUCAGUCUGCCUGUAAAUGUAAGCGGACUUUGUUAGAUGGGAACACGGAGCGUCACCAUGCUCUCACAUAAGCACCACUUACUACGUGGCGUGAAUAAAUGAUCUGAGAUGCACCACU